GCGUAUUUAUAUAGAGAGAUGUCAAAAGUGGCACUUAUGCAAAACAGUGAGCUUAAAGGGUGUCUAAGCUUAUUGCAAGUAUGGGCAUGGGAGAGACUUCAUUUGAAGCCAAGACUAUGCACGCAUUUACAAUUAGAUGGACAAAUUCCACUGGGAUGCAGAUGGAAUGUCGAAAAAUGCUAUGACGAGACCCCGGCUAGACAAUUAGAUUUCUACCGGAAUGAGCUUGACCGUAUGAAGAUUUUUCAGAUGGAAUGGGAGCCCUACACCCAAUUUCUACCUCAGCUACCCCCAAUAUGCACAGAAUACCAAGUUGUAUGGAGAGCUAGAGUUCCUCUUAUAUGUUUGGAGAUAGUAGAAAUGCAUGUACCGGACCGCGUGCUUCGACAAUAUGGUCUUGCACAACAUGUUCCGCAGUUUGUUGAAAAGAUAGAGAGGAAGGCAAAGAAAGGAGGCCAACAAAUAAACUGGAUGAUCGUGCAUCAAGCUUUUAUACACAAAUGGAAUGAUAGGCAUUUUUGUAUUGUCAACCAAAUUGAACCAACUCCUCGGGAAUCAGAUUACUACACUUGGUAUUGGGACAUAACCCGAAGAUGGAUACUUCAUUCGACCACAAUACCGGUUGAGUCGCAAAGAGGAUAUGUGCCCCGGGGUAUAGAUGAGAGAGAAUUAGUAUCAGCAAUAGAUGAAGUUCAAACUCUUGCAAAUCGUGGUUUGGAAUUGGCUCGAGCAGCAGAUAGAAAUCCCGAAGCACAUGAACAUGUAUCAAUAUAUCAGGCUAUAAUGCAGAGGCUUCAACAAGCCUUACACCGAACUCACGAAGAUCGUCAUGAUGGACGGGAGGUAAGGUCAUUCGUAUAUACACGACAACAGCGACAAAGUCGAGGACGACGCAGAAAUAACGAUGAAGCUGGACCUUCCCAACGUGUCGACGAUGGAGCUGGACCGUCACAACCACAAACGCAACCGGAUCACGAACUCGUCGAAGGGCGGUAUGGAGGACGACGAAGACAAAGGAGGAGGAGGAGAGUUCUUGGAUGUAUGUAAACUACAGGUUAUAUACAUUACAAAACUAUUUAGGGAUGUGGUUUUUGGAUUUGUAGUCGAUAAUAUCGUGUGAUAUGUUUGAUUUCUAAGUGGGUUUGUGGUGUUAUUAUGUUGGAUUUGUUAGUGGGAGUUUGUGGUGUGAUGUGAUUUGUUUGAUUUGAAAUGAGUAUGUGGUGAAAUCAGUAUGUAAUUUGUUAGUGGGAGUUUGUGUGGCUGUAUGCACAGGGACUACAUGAAAUGCAGUGGUGAAAUGAGUAUGUGACUUGUUAGAGGAAGUUUGUGUUGAUAUAUGCACAGGAACUACUUGAAA